CCCCCCCACCCCACACCCCCCGCCCCCCACCCCCACACCCACCCACCCACACCCACCCACACCCCCACACCCACACCCACACCCCACCCCCACCCACACCCACACCCCUACAUGGCAACAGGUAAAAUGCCAUCGAGUACUAAAACAGGAGGAGCCUUUGUACAUGUUCCUAAAGUAACUCAUGAUACUGAACAACGUGGUCAAAUUCAUCUUCUAUUUUAAGAUGUUACAAGACAUACUACUCAAGGUCAACGUACUCCUUUUAACAUAAUAAGUAAACAACUAAAUUCAUAUAGAACAACGAUUAAUUUAAGAACUCUGGAGGAUGUCAUUAUUCGUAAAGAUAUUAAUGAUGAACCAAUACAAAUAUCAUCGACAUGUGUUGAACUUGAUAGAGAAGUGGUAACAGUUAUACUUGAAAAUCUCAUUUUUUGUCACCAAGAAGAAUCAAAUUGA